ACCGCGUCCAGCUGUCAGUUGACGCAAUGGUGGAGUUGUGUGAGGGCAAGAUGGCAGAGCUGGAGGUCUCCGUGCCUCUGGCUCAGUUCGACACCGACGAAUGGGCAGAAUUUUCAGACUUUCAGUCCUCUCAGGACCCUAAUUGCAACACGACUACGACAAACACCACCUCGGGCGUCCCAGAGAAGAACGACAAUGAGUUUUUGGAUAACAUGUCCGACACUACUGAAACCUUCAAGGAUACCUUCUCGACCUCGUUAGAAGACCUCGUCAACACCUUCGACGAGAAGAUAACCAAAUGCUUCUGCAACUACGAGGACCAGGUGGAAAAAUACGCUCCGGUACAAGUGAGGACCCAAGAGGAGAUCAUGAACGACUGCCAGUAAACAAGGACAGCAGGUGUCUUAAGGAAACACGCCACGCCCUAAUGUUUCCACUCAUCCCGGGGAUCGAACCACGGACCUCAGUGUGUGAGCUGAGUGCGCUACCAACCGAGCUACGGGACAUCCGACACUUCUGUAAAUAAAUGUCAUUAUUAUAUCAGUUUUUUUUUUUUAAUUUUCCCCGACUCUCGAGACACCUUGUAAAAUGCCGCAUCCCCACUCACGAAAUACAUCUACCUGUCUACCUGGAGGGUAUUCCGGGGGUCAACGCCCUCGCAGCCCGGUCCAUGACCAGGUCGAUUUCAAACUAGCUGGAGUGCGUCAGUUUCUGAACGAUCUUGUAAGAAACUUACAGAAUUAAAUACUGUUUAUUUUUGGGUAGGUUACUUAACCUUAAUUAUUGUAAAGUUAUAUAUAACUAACAGCCAGGAAUUAUAUUACAUACAGGGGAGGGUAAAGUGUAUCU